UUUAAUUUGCCCUCCCCAACAUGGCGUCGCUGCGCGCCCACAUUGACCCCUCGAAACUUCCGCCUAAGAUUUCCAAUCAUGGCUUCUACUUUAGACGAUGAGGAACUUCGGAGGGAGCUGAAAUCUUUCGGGUUCUAUCCGGGUCCAAUCUCAGACAGCACCAGGAAGCUUUACCUCAACAAACUCAAGAAGCUCGGGUCAGAAAACUGCAGUAAAUCGAGGUUUGCCAGAACCCAGAGAUCCCACAAGCAUGGACUGAGCUCCAGCAACAGCAACAUCGCGAGCAGUCCGCAGCAUCAAACCCAACACAGCCACAGGCAUGACAGCCUGAGACUGCGGGAGAAGAGUGCCAGCCCCAGCCACCGAUACCGGACUCCAAGUUUCAACCAGCAGGACAGCGACGAAUCCGACGAUUAUGAAGCGUAUUCCCACUAUGGCCCGCCGGCUGCACACACGAACCAGUUCACCUCGUACACAAAGGAGGAUUUGCAGAAGCGAUGCGACAGCACGGUGAAGCAGAACGUGUUUCUGGAUCGCCAGCUCUCUCGGGUUCUGUUUACAUGCACCCUGGUUCUGUCCGCCGUCCUGAUUUGGCUGGUCUAUGUGAAAACCGUGGGUCUGGGGCAAAACGAAGAUGUGAAAAAUAAUAUUAAAAUGCUUCCUGUGGACUGCAAGGGGAAAACCGACACAUACUGCAGAGCUGAGGAACACAAGGUGCACAUGCAGCUGCUGUCUGAGCUGUACAGCUUCCUCGCCAAGGUGGCAGGUGACUUUGAGUGUGGGAAUCCAUCAGAACUCAAGAGUAAAUGUGUUUCUGUUGAUGAUGCCAAAAGUUAUUUAGCCAUUUUAAACAGGGGCUACACGGACCGCUUUGAAGCAGCUCUUCAGAUGAUCAUUCAGAGCAGGCGAGACCUGGGCAUCCGGGUGGUGGAGCCAGGCCAUGCCCCCGGGACAGUGCGGUGCCUGGAGUCCAGUCAGCCCCAGAUGGGACUCGUGUGCCGCUUCAGCAGGGCUGUCUUCACCGUCAUGAGCAGGAUGUUCAUAUUCGUCCUUGCUCUAGGGGUGCUGUGGGGGGUCCUGAUCCUGCUGCGCUACCGCUGGAGGAGGCUGCAGGAGGAGGAGCAGGCCAUGUACGAGCUGGUGAAGAGGAUCAUAGGGGAGGUCCGGGAUCACUAUAAAGACUGGGAUCAGGGUCUGGAGCCCAUUCCCUAUGUACCCAUCCCUCACGUGCGGGACUCCCUCAUCCCACCACAGAACAGGAGGCGCAUGAGGCGGAUUUGGGACCGGGCUGUGGAGUUCCUGUCCUCGAAUGAGUCUCGUAUCCGCACAGAGACGCACCGCAUUGCCGGGGAGGAUUUCCUGGUGUGGCGCUGGACCCAGCCCGUGGAGCUGUCCGACUCCAGCUAGGGGGCCUGGACACACCCCCACCCCAGCUGGACACAGGACUUUUAUACAGGGUGUUCCUCCAAAAUACAUUGCUUUCUGCGGUACAGUGCAAGAAGAAUCUGUUCAAUACAAUUUGUUAUUAUUAUUAUUAUUAUUAUUAUUAUUAUUAUUAUUAUUAUUAUUAUUAUUAUUAUUAUUAUUAUUAUUAUUAUUGUUGUUGUUGUUGUUCUAAUUGAGUCUUGCAAUUGAGCUGAGGUGAGGAUCAUUAUUGCACUGGGAGCUCUGUCAGGGAGGCUCCUGUGCUUUCCUGGGUCUGUGGAGAGUGACCUGAUCAGAGUCUCUCUGAGACUAGUACAGUCCCCUUUGCAGCACUGGUUCAGAGACAAGGCUGGACCAUGUUUUCCUUUCUAACAAGAUCCUAAAUGCACAAUUCAUUCCAGGGCUAGAAACUCCAGUAGACCUGCACACAGUCCUGGGUUUCAGCACUUCCCUCAGUUGAUUGUAUUAUUGAAAUGAUCCAGAGCCAGGAGUUUGAGUAAUCGUGCCCCUCUUCAGUAGACUCUCCCUCCCCCUAUAGGUGCAGACUGCAGAUUCAGGUGAGACUAAUGGGGAGUGAUCAGGUCAGAGCAGAUUUAGCAGGAGGCUGUGCUACCCUUUCACUCCAGUGCACAUUUGCACCACUUUUAAAAUAGUUUGUAUUAAUUGUUUUCUUUAGAUCAGACAGUUUAAAGAUGUUUUAAUGUGUCUGCACACUGGAUCAGAUGUUGACUUUAGUCCGUGUGUUCUGUUAGAAUGAUUUUAACCUUAACUAUUACAUUGUUGCACAUCCUCAUUUAAUGUUGCAACGUUGUGCCUGUGAUUAGGACUUCUUAUUCCCAAUUUCCAAAUAGUUCCCUUUUGCAUGUCUUUAAAGUUUUGGGGUUGUAUGACUCGUUAGGGGGUGGGAGUUAAACCACAUUGCACCGUGGAUGUCGUUUUCAUUGUGUGUCCACCACUGCAAAGUUGCCUCUGUUUUUCUUUUGUAAAUAUCCUAGUAAGAAAUAUCCAGGAACACUAACGUAACUGCUUCAGCCUAAACACUGGUUGUUUCUUGAGCAUCAGGAUAAUGUUAAAACGUUUUUCUCCUUGUUCAAAAAAUGACUGCAAACAGAACAAAAGUUAUAUUGUACUAACACGGUGUGUGCUGAGUGCUGUACUUGCAUUCUGCUUAUUUGUAUUUGUGUUUGUGCAAUUCAUGUCGGCCAAAUACAGACAUAUUUUGUUAUGACAAAUAGUGCAUCUACUCCAGGAAUGGAAAUACGGCUUCCGUUGCUUAGCAGUUUGAUCCAAUCCUGGUUUUACUAUGAGCUUGAUAAGACGCACCUGUGUGUGUUACCUACACACUGGGGACCUGGAGUGGGUGAGACAGCUAUGCAAUAGGAGCCUUGCUUCCAACCCUGUACCCAUGCACUGUAAACAACACAGGGAGUCGGCUUGAUAGCAUUACACACAAAGACUCUUCAGAGAGAAUAACAUACAUUUGGGAGGUUCCACUGCUAAAUUAAGGGAAAGCAGUGAAAAGAAAUAUUCAAUAAAUACAAAGUUUUAAAUAACAAAAAUAAAAAUGUAAUUGCCCCAGUGGUAGAUAUUAUUUCUUCAUUUGAAAUGAAAUGCAUACAUGUUUUAAACAAGAAAAAAUACGGAGGAAUUCAAACUCAAAGCAUCUGGAAUCAAAUUUGCUUUAGUAUACUUUUCAAAGCAUUACAAUCAAACCGCUUUUAACAAUAUUCCCUUUAAAAAAAAAAAAUGUAAAUACAUUUUAAAAAAGCAUCUGCAUGUAGUGCAGAGAGGUUUCAGAGAUUUGAUGACAUUGUGAAAUGAAGCUAAAUAAAGAGAUAUUUGAAAAUAAAAACUUUC